ACAGCCAUCUUUCUGGUUUCUCUCUCUCUCUCUCUCUUUUAACCAUGGCUGAGACUGUUGUUGAAAUCCCCAUGGCUGUUCCGAUAAAGAAGGCAAGGACUAGCAGGAAGGCGCUGAAGGAGAAGAGCUCUUCAACGAAUAAGGCAAACAUCUUGGCCGGACAGAUCUCAGAGUCCUCUCCGGCGCCAGUUCCGACGCCGCCUGAAGAUGCCGCAAAGGAGAACCACGAGAGCCUGUCACAGCCUCUGUCCGGGAAGAAGAAGACUAAAGGGGCUCAGAAAGGGAAGAAAUCGAAGGAGUCCCAGUCGUUUGAGAGGGACUUGCAAGAAAUGCAGGAAAAGCUUGGGCAAUUGCGGCUUGAGAAGGAGAAGACGGAGGAGUUACUGAAGGCUAGAGACGAGAUGUUGAAGAUUAAGGAGGAAGAGCUCGAGACAAGGGGUCGAGAGCAGGAGAAGCUUCAGAUGGAGUUGAAGAAGUUGCAGAAGUUGAAGGAGUUCAAACCCACCAUGACAUUUCCACUUCACUCUCUGAGAGAUAAGGAACAAGAAAAGAAGGAGAAGAACAAAAAGGGCUGCCCAGAAACGAAAAGGCCAUCUCCGUCAUAUGUACUCUGGUGCAAGGAUCAGUGGAAUGAGGCCAAGAAAGCAAACCCGGAUGCAGACUUCAAGGAGAUCUCAAAUAUUUUGGGGACUAAAUGGAAGACAAUCAGCGCAGAAGAGAAGAAGCCAUAUGAGGAGAAGUAUCAGGCUGAGAAGGAAGCCUAUUUGCAGAUAGUGGGGAAGGAGAAGCGCGAAAAUGAAGCCAUGAGGCUGUUGGAAGAGGAGCAGAAGCAGAAGACAGCUAUGGAGUUGCUUGAGCAAUAUCUCCAGUUCAAACAGGAAGCAGAAAAGGAGAACAAAAAGAAAAAGAAAGAGAAGGACCCAUUGAAACCGAAGCAUCCUGUAUCAUCAUUUUUUUUGUUCUCAAAGGAAAGGCGAGCAGCUCUGCUUGCAGAGAAUAAGAAUGUUUUAGAGAUUGCCAAGAUUGCUGGUGAAGAGUGGAAGAACAUGACGGAGAAGCAGAAACGCCCUUACGAAGAGAUUGCAAAGAAAAAUAAGGCAAAGUAUCAGGAAGAAAUGGAGUUGUACAAACAGCAGAAGGAUGAAGAAUCUGAAAAUCUCAAGAAGGGAGAGGAGGAGCAGAUGAAAAUCCAGAAACAUGAAGCAUUACAACUGCUCAAGAAGAAAGAAAAAACCGAAAAUAUAAUCAAGAAAACGAAGGAGAAUCGCCAGAAGAAGAAGAAGCAGAAGGAAAAGGCCAACUCUGAUCCAAACAAGCCUAAGAAGCCGGCAUCCUCAUUCCUCCUAUUCAGCAAAGAAGCAAGGAAAAGUUUCCUGCAAGAGCGACCAGGAAUAAACAAUUCCACCCUCAAUGCUCUGAUUUCAGUGAAAUGGAAGGAGUUGGAUGAGCAAGAGAGGAAAAUCUGGAAUGACAAAGCUAAGGAAGCCAUGGAAGCAUACCAGAAGGAACUAGAGGAAUACAACAAGUCUGCUGCAACCAUGUCUGACAAGCCACAGCAAUGAAGAAUGUGAAGUGCUGUUGAUGUUCAAGUGGUUAUGUUGAACAUAAAGUAGAACGUCUGGCCAUCAAGUUCACUGGCCCUUUUCUGGUUGAUCAGUAUUCUGUUAUCUUGCAAUUUCUUAGGAUGUUUUUGUUGCCAACUGAUGGAAAAUCUGCAAAAAAUUCUCACAUGUUGUGAGUCUUGUGACUGACUGAUUGUUGGAAAAAGCAAAUUCCAAAAAUUCCAAUUCUGGUUUUCCCUUUCAUUGAUGAAAUCUAAAUGGCCCGUGCCUACGUUUCCAUUCUUUCA